GAGAGAAAGAAUACCAUUCCAUGCCAUGAAGGUGUUCGACCAAUUGCCCCAAAGAGUGUAAGUGAGAGGCGCGCACCGUUUCAAUAUGAAGUAUAUAUAUAGAGGUCGGUGCGGUUCAUAAUGACCUCCAUGUCGUCAUAUGACGGUCCACGUGGCGCGCAGAGUCAGCCACCCGCACCAUAGGCUCCGGCUCAUGCCACCAAGGUGUUCGACCAAAUGCCGCACAGAGAUAAUAGAGCUAGGAUAAGCCCAAGCUUCGUCACCGUCGACCAAAACCACACCACGCGUCACCUCCUCACUAUCUCCUCCUCGCCACGCAUGCAAUCCCAUUGCCACGCGUCCUUCUCCUUCUCCUCUAUAUAUACGCCUCAUCCUCUUCUUUCUCUUUCUCGGUCCUGAAUCAAUGGCGGAGAACUACCAGCAAGUGGUGAAGGCAGCGACGGCGGUGGUGACUGGAGGGUCGACGCUGAUGCUGUGUGGGCUGACGCUGGUGAGCACUGUGAUCUUUCUGACAGUGGCCACGCCAUUGAUGGUGAUCUUUAGCCCUGUGCUUAUCCCCGCCGUCAUCACUGUUUGCUUGAUUCUCGGGUUUCUUGUUUCCGGUGGCUUCGGCGUCGCCGGCGCCUCCGUGCUCUACUGGAUGUACAGGUACAUAACUGGAAAACAUCCUCCUGGUGCUGAUCAGUUAGAUGAAGCAAGGUAUAAGCUGGCGGCAAAGGCAAGGGAGGUGAAGGAAUUCGCUCAGAACCGGCCUCAAGCAGGCUGGUCACACUGA